UGCAGUGUUAUAUUGUCCUGAUUCGGUGCGUACAGAUUUACAUCGUGCACAAGAUACCUUUACUAUAACGCACACUCCAACUGGGGUGCAUGUUUGGUACCUUUUGCUGCGAACUUACUGGCACUCCAUGCACGGAAUAUUUCAUUCAGAUAAGCUAUCUAAAGUGAAAAAGCCAGGGGAAGUUUGAAUCUGAUGGUGGAAAUGGCUCAAACCGACCCAUCGGCCUACUUAAAUCCAUUUAGCACACUCAAAUCUGAUCACAAAAGAAACGACAGAUUUAAGAGCCAGUCGCAUAAGCAUGCGAGAGCGCUGCCAUGCAAGAAUGGAGCUGGGUUUAAAGCCUGUAAGUUGCUCCGCGCAUUAGUCCUUUUAGCUACGGUUUUAGCGGUUGGCAGUGCAAAUCUCAUCGAAGGAAGAUCAGCCUCCAUACAACCACGUAACGGAUCAGUCCUAUCCAACACAACAAACACUUCGAAGCUUCAGCCAGGCAGCGGCGAUGAAUCCGACCCUCUCCAUCUGGCUUGCGCCGAGAUAUCUUUGGUAUGCCAUCAUUACAACCGGAUGGUGCCCCAGUCUAUCAACUUCACUGCGGAGGAACGAGAAAGGAACGUGACAUGUGAAAUAGGGUCAGAGGCAGAACGGUCUGAACAGUGCACGACGGUGGUUCGAAUUAUUGUGGACAUCUUGCAAAUCAAGGAUGUCAACGAAGAAUUCGGUAUAGUCCGCCUUUUGAUGGUGCUCAGACAAUUCUGGUCAGACGGGAGGCUAGACCUUGCUCCCGAGUACAGAGACACCUGCCCGUACAUUCAGGAGGUGAACAAUGGCAGUGCGGGUUAUGUGCCGUCAGAAGCCCAUCGUAAGGUGUGGGUCCCUGAUCUGUACCUCAUUCGAGUCGAGGAAGUGUAUAGACCCGAGAUUCUGGCGGCAGCGGAGACUUUCCGAGUGGACGAGCACGGUAACGUCACGUACGUGAUGUUUGGUGUCUUCAAGCUGUCUUGUCCGAUGGACUUCCAGAACUUUCCAAUGGAUGUCCAGUAUUGUCCGAUUUACAUAGAAAGCUGGCGCCUGGAGCAGGCAAUCCAGACGAUUAUGUGGGAUCCGCACAGCACCGUCGGAGUCAGUUCAGAUUACAGCCUCGACCAGUUCUCAUUUGGCUUGCGCAUAUUGAAAGUAGGAGACUUCGAAUACGCCACCGGGACCUUCUCACGGAUCGGCGUCGCUCUCAUCUUCUCCCGCAAACUACAGUUUUACGUGCUCCAGAUAUACUUCCCCACUGUGCUGUUCGUCAUCAUCUCUUGGAUGACAUUCAUCAUCCCGCCAGCGUAUGCGCAGGGCCGCAUCAUCCUGACCAUAACCACCAUGCUGACGCUGGCCGCGCUCUACUCCCUCGUCAGCAUGCACUCGCCGUCGACAUCCUACAUCAAGGCCAUCGACGUCUGGAUGUUCGUGUGCCUGUUGUUCGUGUUCGCCGCCGUCGUCGACUGCCUGAUCGACAUCCGGCUGCUGUUUGUCGUCUCGCAGUCGUACAAGCAAGAACGGCUCGGGUUUCUCACGCCCGUGUCGGUGGCGCUGGUCGAGAACCGCCGCGUCUUCGACGACCUGUUCGGGGGGCUGGACGACGAGCCCGCCGCCACGCCGUCCGUCUUCUUCGACGCGCCGAGUCGGCCGGAGCUGCCGCCGCCGUCGCCGGCCACCCGGCUCUUCAAUUCGAUACUGCGCCGGUCAGACGCGGCCGAGAACCGUGGCGGACUGGCGGUGAACUUCGCGGCCGAGGUGGAGCAGUCUGCCCCGCCGCCGUCGGCCGCCCACGCCGAUACGGCCUCCGAGCGGUGGACGCGUGCCGCCAAACACUUCGAGAAGGCCUCGUUCGUCGUGUACCCGGCCGCCUUCUUGCUCUUCAACGUCUGCUACUGGGCGUACUAUCUGAACGCGGCGCGGCCGCCCGACAAGCUGGCAGAAGAGAUGCGGCUAGGCUUCACGCCAAAGCCGCGCGAGAGCUAGCCGGCGGCGCCCGGCCGCCAUCCCUGCGGCGUGGCGCCCGGCGCCCGCCGCCCCCCGACGCCGAUCGACCGGAGCUGAGGGACCCGACCGACUCGGCGGCCGCUAGACCCGGAACCGGGGGGCCUGCCCGACCCGGUCGCAGCGUUGGGGCGCCAUACAGUCGUAAUACCGCUACAGUGGAACAGCGUAGCAAACAUGGACUUUUCCUUUCCGUUUCAGCGCGAUUUGGCUGCACAGCUGAACCACCCCCACCCGAAGAGCAAACAGCCUACGACGCUUUUGUUGAGCAUUGCGUUGAUAUGUAUCUUGGAUUUAUGGAUGCGGAAUAUAUGCCUGUGGAUGUUGGCGAGAGUGCUCCGCAGG